AUGUUUUCUUUCUUUUUAACUUCCGUUAUCUGCGAAAUUUUAACUGGUGAACAAAGAAGCAGUGUUUACAAGAGCAAAAUAUAUGGAGAUUUCACAGUUGAAGAUUGUUAUUUUAAAAGCGUAGGCGGAUAUAUGUCAAAAGCACCUCUAUACGUCGGAUCAGAUUCCACAGAUUAUAAUGUAAAGCUAUUACGUUCAUACUUUGUCGAUUCUCGCAGUGAUCCAUCCGGAUCUUUCUACUUUUGGAGUAAAAUGAGAUUACAAAUAGAAAUGGUAGGUGUCGAGAAAUGCUAUUGGGGUCAAGGAAAGACUAGCGCUGCUGGAAGAGUUGAUUUGAAACAACCAUUUACAUUAAAUAUGUCUUCAUUCUCAGGUGACUAUGGUGGCACUAAAAAUCUUAACUUAGCUGCUGCAUGCACAGUCACAUCCAUAAACAUGUCAGGUUGCCAAUCCGAUGGUGGCUGGCUUACAUAUUCCUACGGAAAUUUGUGCAUUGGUAAUGCACCUGAUCCAGUAACUCUUAAAUACUCAAACAUUGAAUCGUGCGAGUCAAACUGCGGUGUCCUAUACUUUGACAAGACGCAAGCAUCAAAUACAGUCAGUUUUUGUAAUUUUAUCAAAAAUACGAUGACAAGUCAAUGUCUUAUCUAUGUAGAAUCAGCAGUUUCUUCCGAAACUACAACACUUUCCAACUGUGUUGUUAACGGAAAUAUUCUUUCAGAAGGCGUUUCAGCUUUCUGGGGAAAGACUAAGCUGAUUAUUGUUGAAUGCACUGUUGACAGCUCCAGCUUCUAUGAAUCCGUUGAAGUCAAGAGCUGGACAGUUAAGAAUGCAACCGCAAUUCCAAUGACUCUCUACGAAACAGUCAGCAUCAAAGCUGUCAUUGGCCAGAAUGCAACAUUCACUCCAGUUAUUACGCCAAAACCAGCAGAUCCAUAUUCUCCAAAUUCACCAGGUGAACAAAAGCCAGCAGGAGACGGAACAAACACUACAAACUCAACAAGUGAAGCAAAGGAAGGAUUUGCAAGCAAGAAAUUAGGCCCGCUCCCAAUGUGGGCUGUAAUUGUAAUCGGUGUCGUGGUUGUCGUCGCUGUUGUUGCAGGAUAUGUUGUUUAUAGGAUCAUGACAAAGCCACAGAAGCACCACCAUCAUAUUCAUAAGCACAAACAUCGCAGCCAACACCAUAAUUACGACCAACCUCUUGAAGCUCAAAAUUCAGAGCAACCUGAUGAAGUUCCUAAUGCAGCUGAUUAA